CUUGUUGCAGCAAAAGUAAACCCAUUUAAAAGUGUUGAAAUCCUGUUGGGAGCUGUAUGGUUCACAGCAAGUUGUACCAGCGGCAGCUUUGGGUUAGAGACAGGUCAACAAGGUGCGACAAAUCAAGCGGUAUAUCGAUAAGACCUUUUUGAUUUUUUUGAUUUUUCAUGAUCCAAAUCGCCAAAAGCCGGGCACAUCACCAGGUUUAUAGUCAUAACUUGAAGAAUCCAACGUAUUAAAAGGAAAAUAAUCACCUGUCUUAUAAUAAGAAACAAAAUAGCAAUCGGGUUUCGUCUCCCCACGAAUCACCACAGACAAAAAAGAAGGAAAGAAAAAGGAUGUUCGAGUCCCACCUAAACUUAAACCCACACGGCGCGAUUGGCCAGCCUUCACCUUCUAUAGGUGUAAUCGGCGAACAACCUCAAGCUAUUGAUAAUCUCUCGCCCGCGCCCGCGCGACCGGCUGCACACCCUCGGCAGGUGGCAGCGGCCAGUCUAUCUCAAGGACAAUUAGGAGGUCGACCUAGGACGCCGAUCAAUCGUGAUUGGGAUAGGGAUACGGAUACGGAUAGGGAUAGGGAUGUGGUGAUGGGUGAAAGGAGAGAGCAAGCGGAUGUAGAGUCGGAUUUGACGAAUUUGUUGGUGCAAACGCGAUUACAUCGGACGGGGCUCUUUUCCGAUCGGGAGGUACACUCUCAGCCUCAUUCCCAUUCCCAGUCCCAAUCGCAAUCGCAACCACAAUCAGAAGCACCCUCCCAACGCCAACGUCAAUACCAAUCCCAAUCCCGAUCCCAACCCCAAUCACAAUCACCAUCACAAGGAAAGGAUGAUGUAACAGGAGGCAUUGACGAUUUUCGCAAACGUUGGGAAAGAGAGAGCCGGGAAGGUGGAAAGAGGUUUGAUGAGGAAACUUGGGAUCGGAGUCUCUUGGGCAUGGGCAUGGGUAUGGGCACGGUGCAGAGGCAGGGAAGAGGGUCGCCUGCUCCUGGAGGCUUUGGUAUAGGUCUGGGUUCGGGUUUGGGUUUAGGUGGAAAAGCGAUGGGUAUAGGAGGGACUGUGGGCGGGAGCACGCAGUCCAAGAUGACUACAGGGACGUUUGCUGGUUAUCAACCUUUUAUGGGCAAGAUCUCGCCCGUCUCUUCUGCUCAGUACCGACCUUCUCUCUCUCCCAGUAAUCAUCAUCUCCCAUCUUCGACAUAUGGGAAUCAAGCACCGUCCCAACCUCAAUCGUAUACCCAACCUCAGACUCCAAGCCAUACAGCGGCUCCCAAUACUUUGGUGGCCGGGGCCGGGACCGGCGGGCAAAACGACACGACUGCAACCCAGAUAACUCGCCACCUCGAAUCCCUAACCAUCCUCCUUAACCCAUUGUUGGCCCAGGCCGAUGAAGUAGAAAGGCUCCGUAAGGAAGUCGAGAUGUGGAAAUCCGAGUGGGCACGGGCGGAGAGGGAGAGGAAGAGGUUGGAGGAAAAGGUGGGUGGGAUGGGCAUGGAGUUGGAGAAGGCAGUUGGGAAGAGUAGGGAUAUUGCUGGACCAUCGUUCACUGCGGUAUUGAUCGACGGAAACGGUCUUAUAUUCCAAGAUCCAUACCUUCAAGCAGGGUUCAAAGGCGGUCAGCUCGCAGCCCAUCAUCUCCUCUCUUCCAUCCCCAACCUCGCACCUGGUUCACCCUCCUCGAAGACCACUCAUACCGGCAUUAUUGCGAAAGAAGUCACUCUAGGCCUUGAUAGUCUUCCUGUUAAUAAUAAUAAGGGGGGAGAUGACGAUGAUUAUGGUGGGAAGAAGACGGAAAAAGGAGGGAGAGAGAUGGGGAGUGUGGUGGUCCAGAUUUUCGUUAAUAAACAAGGUCUCGGUGGGGCUCUUAUCAAGUCUGGUAUUGUACCCUCGUGGAAUGUAUACGACCAGUUCUGGCAGGGUUUAUCUUCCUCACACGAACUUUUCACAGUAUGUGACGUAGGGCAAGGUAAAGAAGCGUCCGAUGCCAAGAUCAGGGAAUACCUCAACUUAUACGCAAGUAAUGCGCAAUGCCGGUCUAUCAUCCUUGGUGCUUCGCAUGAUAAUGGGUACGCCAACGUACUUUCCUCAUUGCAAACAGGAUCACGUCUCUCUAAUGUCGUCCUUCUCAAGGGUUACGCUACGCUCGCGCCGCAGCUCAAGACAUACUCUAGCCGUGUCGUCUCUAUCCCUGAUUUAUUCAGGCUCGAAAAAGUACCACCCCCUCUACCGUCUUUUACUUCUUCUACUACUGCCGACGUUGUCUCGUCUAUCCAAGCGGGAGGUUCGCCCGACCUCCUUUCCGCGGUCACGGGUCUCGCGGGCGUAUCCUUCUCCUCCAUUGUUGCUAGUAGCCCAAAGGACAAAGAAGCCGAUUUCGCGGGACCUUAUGGCGCCAACGUCCGUGAUAACACCAACACUGCAACAUCAGCACGCAAUAUCAGCUCGGCGGAUAUAGGUAAAGCGAGGAUAAGCACACCGAAAAGGGACGAGUAUGAAGAGAGUGAAGAGGAGAUUGAGGAAUUCGAGUACGAAUGGGGGAGUGGUGCUCAGUUUAAGGGAAGGUCGGAUCUGGCCUCAGGGUUCGCUCCAGGUAGCGCGAAGAAGAAGAAAAUCCCAGCUCCUUUUUCCCGCGAGGCAAAUUUUUCUCGUGUAGGAGGAAAAGAUAGGGAGAUGGAUGAUGAAUGGACAGAAAUGGCGCCUAAGAAGAAGGUUAAAGGCAAAAGGAAGGAGGCGGCAGAGUAUGUGCGGACUUUGAAACCUCGACCUUGCCAUACAUUUUAUUUGGGCCCGCGGGGGUGUAAGAAUGGGGACGACUGUCAAUAUGGCCAUGAGUAUAAGCUCAAUGCCGCCCAGCUCGACGAACUCGCCCGCCUGGCAAAGUGCAUCAUGUGCCCAUACGUCAAGGAUGGACGAUGUCGAUACUCGGAUGAUGAUUGCGUCUAUGGACAUCAAUGUCCCAACCCUGAUAAAUGUGUCUUCGGCGAAACUUGUAGAUUUUACGAGUUGCCCAACGGACAUGGCGAAUUGAAUUAACUCUCUUCGGUAUAAUAAAUAUUUCUACUUUUUUCCUUCCUUGAUAAAGACUGCUACGGUAUUAUCGAUCACCGUGCGUUUUCCCAUCAUCAUUAUAGAUUAUAAAACAUUGCACAGUUGCAUAUAAAUGCAUCUCACUCUUCUA